CAACAGUGCUUUCCUACCCAGAGCCUGGAGAGUCUUCCUGUAAGGGGAGUGACUGACAAUAUAUAUAUUUAUAUAUAUACAUACAUACAGGAGCAUCCUUUGCUUUUUCUAGGUUUGCCAUGUCUUAAACAUCUUUUUUUGCUAUGUGGAUUAUUGUGUUUUUGACUUGGAGAAUAGGUGUGCCAGCAUCAUGAAAAGGCUGACUGUUUUGCUGAAUGGCUGGGAGUAGCAUCACCAUCCACAGGAUUUGUGACUGUUUGGAUUUGGAGGAGCUGUGAUGAAGCAGAGGAGAGGCUCGAUGGAAGAAAAUUAAAAAAAAAAAAAAAAAAGAAGAAGAAAAAAGAAAAACUACAAACUAGAAGUAGCAGAGCAAAGAAGAAAACUUGGGGGGACAACAUUGGAUCAGGGAGCGAUAGCAGGGAGAUUGUCGAGGAAGGAAGGGUGACCGGAGGAGGCGUGGCAGCGGAGAGAGAGAAGGAGAGGAGAGUGGAUGCAACCCACACCCUGAGAUGCUGUGCUGGCUGAGAGAAGACGAGAUGUCGGUCCAGGAGCUUCUACAGAGGGUGCAGUGUGUCAUCACUCAUGUUGAUGAGAUCAUGCAGCAGGAGAUCAGGCCCCUCCUGGCUGUAGACAUCAUAGAGCAGCUUCAUCGACAGUUUGCCUUGCUCUCAGGGGGGCGAGGGAAAGAUGGGGCCCCCAUCAUCACCUUCCCAGAGUACUCAAGCUUCAGCGAAGUGCCAGAUGAUGACUUCCUCAAUGUAGUUACUUACCUGACCAGCAUCCCCAGUCUGGAUGCUGCCAGUAUCGGCUUCAUUAUCAUCAUCGACCGGCGGAAGGACAAAUGGAGCUCAGUGAAGGCCUCUCUGUCAAGGAUUGCUGGGGCAUUUCCAGGAAACCUGCAGCUGGUGUUGGUGCUGAGGCCAUCCAGGUUCUUCCAGAGGGCUAUAGCAGACAUCGGGAUCAAGCUGCAUAAGGAUGACUUUAAAAUGAAGAUUGUGAUGCUGAACUCUCUGUCGGACCUACAUGGCUAUGUGGAUAAAGGGCAGCUGACCCGGGAGCUUGGAGGAAGCUUGGAGUACUGUCACAGUCAGUGGAUACAUCACCGAACUGCCAUAGAGAACUUUGCCAUGACGGUGAAAACCACAGCCCAGAUGUUACAGAAGUUUGGGACAGACCUGGCAGAGACGGAGCUGCCCAAUGACGUCCAGUGCACAAAAGACCUGCUCACAGCGCACACCGACAAACACAACAACCUCAAGGAUGAACUAAAGCUAGCUCUGAAGCAGGGCACCACUUUGUUAGGUUGUAUCAAGGAGCAGGCAGCUAAGUCAGAGAACCACAAACUCAACCCAGACGAGACUGAGAACCAAACCACUGUGGAAAGGCUCCUAGCCCAGCUGGAUGAGACGGAGAACGCCUUUGAACAGUUCUGGUGUAAACACCAUCUGAAACUGGAGCAGUGCCUGCAGCUACGCCACUUUGAACAGGACUUCAGAGAGGUCAAAGUGUCUCUCGACAGUUUGGGCGACAGUCUAACCACCUUAUCAGUCAUCGGGGAUUGUCUGGCCAGAGUUGAACAGCUGCUAACAGAGCUGAAAACACUGGAGGAGAAGGCUCAGCCUACACUAGAAAAGGCCCAGCUCCAUGCACUGCACGGUGACCAGCUGAUCCAGAGCAACCACUACGCUGUGGACUCUAUUCGACCCAAGUGUGUAGAGCUCCGGCGUGUCUGCGAUGACUUCAGCAAUGAGGCCAAGAAAAAGACAGACGUCUUGUCCAAAUCCCUGCAGAUACACACGGGCAUUGAAAAGGUAAACCAGUGGUGUGAGUCUGGCAUCUACCUGCUGGCAUCCCAGGCUGUGGAUAAGUGUCAGUCGCAGGAAGGGGCAGAAUCGGCGCUGACCGACAUCGAACGCUUUCUGGAGUCGGCGGAAAAGAACCAACUGACUGAGCUGAGGAACCUCCACAACCAGUAUGAGGUUGUCCUGUCGGAGGAUAUCAAGGCCAGUGUCCUGAAGGCGUUGAAGCGGCUGGAGGAUGUCCAGGAGAUGUUUGAAAAGCGGCACGUCAGUCUGAAGAGACUGUCAGCUAAACAGACGAGGCCAGUCCAGCCCGUCGCCCCGCGGCCUGAGUCCUCUCCCAAACGGCCCUCACUGAAGAACCCCUCCAGGACGACAGGGAGCCAGCAGCCUCUGGCUCGCAGAACUUCUGAUAACUCGAACAGUGGCAAGCAGCAGGCCGAAGCUGAUCCCAACAAGAGGAAGAACAUACGCAAGGCCAAGGGAGGCAUCAAGAUUGAGGUGAUGCACGAGGAAAGCCAAGGAGGUUCCACCCAUGUCGUUGUGACCAAUGAGACAGAGGAGAGUUUGUCCAACAGGCGCAGACACAUCAUGACAGAGCUGAUUGAAACAGAGAGGCUAUAUGUGGAGGAACUGCAAAGCAUAAUGGAGGGUUAUUUUGCAGAGCUAGAUAACUCAGAGCUCAGCCACCUCACCCCCCCGUCCCUGGAGAACAAAAGGGAUGUGCUGUUCGGCAACCUGCCAGAGAUAUAUGAAUUUCACAACAGGACAUUUCUGAGGGAGCUGGAGAAUUGUACAGAGAAACCAGAGCUGGUGGGAACCUGCUUUCUGAAACGAAAAGAAGAGCUUCAGGUGUAUGAGAAGUACUGUCAGAAUAAACCCCGCUCUGAAGUCCUCUGGAGACAGUGUGGAGACAGCCUCUUCUUUCAGGAAUGCCAGAAGAAACUGGACCACAAGCUCUCCCUGGAUGCGUACCUGCUGAAGCCUGUCCAGAGGAUCACCAAAUACCAACUCAUGCUCAAGGAGAUGCUAAAAUGCAGUAAGAGCGAGGGGGUGGCUGAGCUAGAGGAGGCUUUAGCUACAAUGCUGGACAUCAUCAAGUCUGUCAAUGACUCCAUGCAUCAAAUAGCCAUCACUGGCUUUGAGGGAAACCUGAGUGAACUGGGGAAGCUGCUGAUGCAGGGAUCCUUUAAUGUGUGGACUGACCACAAGAAAGGCCACAGCAAGGUGAAGGACCUGGCUCGAUUUAAGCCCAUGCAGAGGCACCUCUUCCUGUAUGACAAGAUGCUGCUGUUUUGCAAGAAGCGAGAGGAGACCACAGAUGGACACGAGAAGACCCCGUCCUACAGCUUCAAACACUCACUCAAGAUGAGCGCCGUGGGCAUCACAGAAAACGUCAAAGGAGACAGCAAGAAGUUUGAGGUGUGGUACAACGGCAGGGAGGAGGUUUACAUCAUCCAGGCUCCUUCCAUGGAUGUGAAAAAUAUGUGGGUGUCAGAGAUUCGUAAAGUGCUUACAGGCCAGCUGGAGGCAUGCAGAGAUUCAACAGGACCAGGCACUAAUAUAGGGACAGAGAGGAUUACAAACCUGAAAGAAGCCAGUCAGCUCAACAUCUAUGGAGCACCGAUGAGGAACGUGCGGAAGUUGGCGCUGAGACAGUCUGAUUCAUCAAGUCCGGAGUCCGGCUUCCGGAGGACCAACCCCAGCCCUAAUAUGAGACAGAAGAGAGUUGACGUUUCCGCCAACCAAUCAGGCCACUCGGUUGCUAACGCUAGGAAACGCUUCACGUUGCAGGGACUUUCCAACAGGAGGUCUCUUCCAGCAGAGUCUGCUGCUAAGGAGGCAGAGGUCCCCCGCCGCUUCUCUCUCACCUCCUCUCUCGCCUCCUCCACUUCCUCCUCCUUUGCGACACGACGCACAAAAGGCCCCCUCUCUGCUAGCAUAAAGAGCAAGAGACAUGAGAUAAAGAGUGAUCCCACUCCAUUUGGUUAUGAAGAUACUUUGCGCGGUGCUAUGGCUGCAGUCGGGAAACGUCAGAGCAUGAUUAGCAGCACUGCUACUGCUGCUGGCGGCACCACAGUUGUCCCUAGAUCCACCUCCCAACCAGGCUGGACGCAGCGGCGUCUCCCUUCCAUGGACACAGAGGACUUUGAGACGAUCCCCUCCAGUGCAGAGGAAUCCUCCAACUCUUCAGAGGAGGAAGGCAACAAUAAAAAUGGUGACAGCAGCCGAUUCCGGGUGCAGCUGACUUAUGACUCUCGUGAUUCACGGGACAUCUCUCUGGAGACGGGUGAUCUGGUCCAGUUUCUGGAGGAAGCGGAGAACGGACACUGGCUGGUCAAGAAGCUUUUAACAGAAGAGACAGGGCUGGUUCCGCCCAGAAUACUGCAGGCGGCGUCUGAAGGAGGUCACUCAUGAAAUAUCUUCACGGAUCUGUGUACAGCAGCGCUCUCUGAUUUGGACGAAAAUGAAGCCAGUACGUGGGAAAGCGUGUCUCAGGACAGCAGAUGAACACAGCUAACUAUUGUAGUUCAUUACAUUGGACUACAAGCAUUUUGUUGGAUGACAAACAUGACUGAUAACUAACUACUCUAGUUUUUCAACUGCAAUUUCCUCAGAUGGAUUUUAAAUAUCAACAACUAUUAGUUUUCUACUUGUAGUUCUUCGUUUGGACUACAAAUAUGGCCUGUUGAUGUUUUUAAACCACAGUUUUUCAUGUCUUACUCAUUGAGGGUUCUCAGUGAAGCCUCUGAAAAAAGCUGGAACCGUAACAUACCUGAACGCCGCCAUGGGAAAGCCAUAUAAGACUUUUAAUUCAACCAGCUGUUGUCUACAUGACAGUGAAGACUGAUGGAUGCGGAUGCUGACUCUACAUCCGAAAUGUGGAUAAAUUCACAUUACAAACUGCAAUUCCAGAGUGAUUGGGCUGGAUACCUGAAAUCAAAUCCCAUUUAUGACUUAUAGAACAGGAAAAGCGAUAAAUUCCACGUGCUGGUUGUGAGUGGGCCUUUUUCCUGUUUUUGGCGAUACGCUGCGCUGAAGCAAAAAAUCUUAGGCCCUGGCCACACUGCAUACCUCACCUGUGUGUGACGGCGCCCAUGUUAACAGGUUAGAGCAGCCACACAGCCUGCCUGAGAUGGGGGUGUGAGGUGCAGCAUCUCGAGUUACGACAUGGAGCCUAUUAUGCAGACGUGAGAUGCGUGGUUCUCGGCAAGAAUAGACAGUGUAGCAGUUCAAUGAGGUAGCUGUCAUGCACAAAUGAGGUUAGCGGUGUGGCCCAGCCGUCCAGGACCAGGUUCUGCCUCUGCUGCCUCGCUUCAGCUGCUUCAGCUUUAUAGAUACUCCACAAUAGCUGCAGUCUCCAGAGAAAACCUCGAAUUUGUCUUGCUUGCCUUUCUUUGCCCUGUCAUUACGUUACAUCAGCUUUGUUAACUCAACGUGCUUAUUCUCACACUCUGCGGACUUACAGAUUAUGUCUAUAAAUUGCGGUAAGAGGUUGAACGAUAUCUCUGUUUCAUAUAUGAAUUUAUAAUCCAAACAUUAUUCUCUCUGCACUGAAAGAGGGGAAAAAAAACAUGAUUUACUCUAUGUGGAAAGAGCUUGUAUUAUAUCAAACAGUCUUAUAAAGUUGAUAUGGCUAAUAUGUUAGCAAACACUUGCCUAGACAUCAAGCAGAAAUGGAGUUACACUGGAAUUCAUGUGUUUCUGGAGAACUGACAAAUGUAAGUCACAUGUUAACUGUCUUUCUUGCUGUGUUUUGGGCUUCACCAGCUUUUGUGGAAUAUAACUGAGUAUAUAUUCUGUGUAAAGACAUAGAAAAUCACUUUUCACUAACUUUGUCUGCCUUCUGGUGCCAAGCAAGGUGAUGUGAUGCUUGUGUAGGGUAGCUUGUUUGCCUAAAGAAGCUCUCUGAUGCAUCCAGAAACAACAUUGAUGAAAGCUGUAAGACCAAAACAACAAAAACAAGACUAGGUCAAAACCUAGUAUAUGGCUGGUCCAUGUAUGGUCAAUGUGAAGAAUUGAGGACGUCGUUGAUAACUGCUGUUAACAUCUGUCAAUGGAAAGUAGCUAUAGCCUGCAUGAAAAGUUGCUAAAUGUAGCUGGAUGACAUAAUUCGCCAAUUAGCAUAUUCAUGACAUCAUUGCAUUGUAUUGUAUAGUAUUUUAAUACAGACAAACUCCCAAAAAACUUGUUAAUAACCAGCAGUCACUCCCAAGCCAUUUCCAAGCUGCCGCUCUGCUGCUGCUAAAAUCCUGAUUGUAUAACCACAACGUUGGGUCGGGGUCUGAAAAGCUUGAUGUAAUAGAAACUGUUUGCACAAAUUUAUUUUGAGAGAGUAACAGCCAGUGAAAACUCCAACAUUUGGUUGGCAGAUCAAUGAUGUAACUUCAUUACAUGUUUGAUAAUCCAUAAAUAGAAUCAAUCAGUCAGUCAGUCAGUCAGUCAGUCAAUCACUUAGUCAGACAUUCACAUUUAUAGGCCACAAAAUAAAGUGCUAUGUCAGGCGUGCAACAAUUGAGAAAAAUCUAAUUUAAAAGAAUUUCCUUUAUUAGCUAAUGACAGCUAAAUGACUUCCCAGCAGAAAAUCCAUGUGAAAAAUAAAUCAAUCAUAAUGUGUUUCCCAGUGUAUUAUUUAUACAUGGACAGUGAAUAGCAGACAGAAGAAGCCAAAUGACUUUUGAUGCAAAUUAAGCAUUACUGAGGCACAUCUCCUCUUUAGAUGGAUGGGGUGCUAGUGUAAAUCAUGUUUCAGGAAACAGAUUUAUCUCUCUGACAUGUUAUGCUACUUGGACUCAUCUCUACAUAAUGGGAUUUUCACUAGCACGCUUUUUGAGAACAUAAGUUGUGAGAAAGGUCAGGAAUUGUUAGAUUAUUUCCUGCAAGUGAUUUUUCAGGAAAAUGCUGUUUUAGCAAGCAGCACCUGGGUUGUUUCCUCACAUCAGCUGUAAAGGCUUCACCUAUUCAGAGAGGAAAAUAGCACUGUACAAUGAAUUGUAAAUGUAAGUAAACAUCAAUGUUUAUUUACAUUUGCAGCGCAUUCUAGUAUUUUGUUUUUGUUAUAAAGAUCCAUUUUCUGUAUGAUUGCUGUAUUGCUGGACAUCAUUCUCGCUCUGAGGUUUUUUUGACAUUGUAUUGCAUUUCUACUGACAAAUAGAAUUCGCUGAGAAUUAACAAAACAGCACCGUUGUAUUUACAAAAAACGUUACGUCAUGUCACAGGAAGGAGCCCAAAAACUUUGUGUUUUAACUGGUUUAGAUGACAGCUCCUUUGAUUGACAAUGAGUCUGUAACUUAUUAGAAAUGGGAAGAAGAAACCAAAAGCAUAUUAAAAGGUGCAAUAUCCCCCUGAUAACUGUAAGAAAGCUACUAUAAAUUAAAAAAAUGACUGGAUGAUGCAUAGAAGGAUAGGAAGAUGGGUGGGUGAGUGAAUGGAUGGAUGACUGGAUAGUUACGUAGGUAGACUGGUGGUGAUGGAUGGAUGGAUGGAUGUAUUCAUGGUUGUUUAGAAGGAUGGAUGGAUGAAUGAAUGGAUAAAUGGUCAGAUGGACUGACAGACAGACAGAUAAAACAUUUGGACACUGACUGGAUUACCAUCUGUAACAGAGGGCAGAACUGUAUUAAAGGUCAUGUGUAUGAUUGUAAAGAAAGUCACUCCUAUUGAACAUGCUGUAUAUUAUGUUCAUCCUGUGUUAAAUGAAAAAUAUUGUAUCUUUACAAGGAAAAUAUUUCAGUUGUACUGCAUCCUGCUGCAAUUUAAUUGCCACUUAACAAUACUAUAGAAUGUAUCAUGUCUAUAUAUUGUAUCGGUCAUUGUACAUAUUGUUUCAUUGUGAUAAUAUGCAUUUACAAUAUGAA